AUGGGUAACAAACACGCAAGUCUGGAUGAUAUCCUCGCUGAGGACAUGCACCACUGGUAUAACAAGUUCAUGAGGGAGUCUCCAUCAGGCCUGAUCACGCUUUUUGAGCUCAAGUCCAUUCUGGGACUGCAGGGGAUGAAUGAGGACGCCAGCAGUUAUGUGGAUCAGGUGUUCUUCACUUUCGACAUGGAUGGGGAUGGAUACAUAGAUUUUGUGGAAUAUAUCGCUGCUGUUAGCUUAAUGCUCAAGGGGGAAAUUAACCAGAAACUCAAGUGGUACUUCAAACUUUUUGACCAGGAUGGCAAUGGGAAAAUUGACAAGGAUGAAUUGGAAACAAUAUUUACGGCUAUACAAGACAUCACAAGAAAUCGUGAUAUUGUGCCAGAGGAAGUAGUGACCCUUAUAUUUGAAAAGAUUGAUGUUAAUGGAGAGGGUGAACUGACGCUGGAGGAGUUCAUCGAAGGAGCGAAAGGACAUCCUGACAUUAUGGAUAUGCUGAAUAAACUGAUGGACCUCACUCCAGUCCUAGUUAUUAUUGUCGAAGGGCGACAAACAAAUCAAGGCAAGUUAGGCUGAGUUUACUCCAUCUUAAGGACAAUGAAAACAAAAAAAUUCCCCUCUUGAAAAACAAAAUGGAGUUUGGUGGUCCAGCUCUUGAGGAUCAGAUGUAGCUUUCCAUGGCACCAGUGAUUUCCUCGAUGGAACGUUCUCAGGAGAACUCAGACAAUUACGGUGUGAUCACGGUGACCCCAGUGGAGAUACAAAACCUUGUGUAGGCACUGUCCUCAGUUGAACAUUGAUCCUCUAAUGCUAUAAGGGGUUCAGGAGACUAAGGAACUGCUGGCAAGACUUAGGAGUGAGCAAUGUGUUGCUUUUUUAGGAAAGGCUCAAUGGAGAACACUGAGCACACAUCUAGUGACUUUCACUGGUUGAGCACAUCAUAUAAUCCAUGUACUUGUGCUAGAUUGCUCUGAGAGUGAACUCUGAGACAGUCCAUUGCCGACGUGGCCUGAAUUGUCCUAAAAACUGUGAAUUAAAUAACGUAUAGAGCAGUGGUUCUCAACUGGUUUUUGCCUACGUUUUAUAUAAGACAUCAAAUGGCAACCCAACGCAGAACAAAAAUUGUAAAUAUGUAAAUCAAACAUUUCUAUAGAAUGUUGUAUUUAGAGGAUUAGGUCAACAAAAAAUGAAGAUAUUUUUGAUGAAAUCCGAGAGGUUUCCGUGAACAGCGUCGGAGACUGACACGGAAGAGAAGAAAUUGUUGAAUAAAGUUAUUUUUGUUGUAGUUUUUUUGCACACAAAAAGUAUUCUUGUCGCUUCAUAAAAUUAAGAUUGGACCACUGCAGUCACAUGGACUAUUUUAAUGAUGUCUUUACUACUUUUCUGGACCUUGAAAAGUGGUAAUUUCGUUGCAGUCUACGGGGGAUUUCAUCAAAAAUAUCUUAAUUUGUGUUUCGAAGAUGAAUGAAUGAAUGGUUUGGAACAAAAUGAGGGUAAUUAAUGACAGAAUUUUCAUUUUUGGGUGAACUUAUCCCUUUAACAUAUUAUUACAAUGAACUGCAUUGCUGCAUCGCUAUUACUAACAUGACCAGGCUGGAAAGGUAACAAAUAUAGUAGUUUGGCCGAACACGUCUUUAACCUCAGUAUAUGGGAAUUUGAUGAGCAUAUUUAUUUUGCUGUCCGUGACCCAUCUGAACAGACCUAUUUUUUGGGUUGCGACCCACCAGUUGAGAACCACUGAAAUAACAUAUCACAAAUACAGCACUUUAUCCAAGGAAUGCAUCAAAUUUACCUGAUCAAGUUAUCUGACACAGUAGUUACAUUUCCACCUAUCAUUUUAGCUGACCUAACUUGCAAUUGCCCUACUGUUCAAAAGUUUGGGGUCAGUAAGAUU